UUUCGGAUGUUGCGUCGAUUAUUCUUGCCUUGACAGUUGACAGAACUAUCAAGUCGUUUAUCAGUUUCUUCUCGAGGAACCAAACCCUCGUCGUUCUCUCCUUCCCAUCGUCAUCCCUCGGCCGAUUCAUGUGGGGAUUUUGGCAUUCAGUGAGAUGCAACCUUGAGUGUGCUGAAAUGUUAGGUAUAUAAUAGGGCAAGCCAUGGAAGAGCCGCAUUCUGUCAAUAGUCCUAGAAGAAUUCUCAGUCUGUCAAAGAAAAGGAGGGCAACUGUUUCAUUUCUGGAUGCGGAUGAGAGGGAUUCUGGGUUUGGAGUGUCUGGAGAGCAUGGUCCCAAGCCAUCAGAAGUUUAUGGAUUCGUAGGUUCCAUAACUACUGUCGUUGCUACAGUUAUUUUCCUGGUAUGGGCAUAUGUUCCAGAGGCUUGGCUACGUUCUAUUGGAAUCUUCUACUACCCCAGCAGGUAUUGGGCAUUGGCAGUGCCUGUUUAUGUAAUGGUGACAGUAGUAUUAGCUUUGGGAUUUUAUGUUGGUCUUAACUUCAUCUUGACUCCUUCCCCAGCUUCCUUAAACUCAAUCUAUGAUGAAUUCAGUCGAGAACCAUCAAGCCACAUACCUUCAAUGGAUGGAGAUGAUCAGCCCAUUCAGCCAAUUUCUGAUAUUGGCAUCCAUAAAAUUAAUGAUCUCAUGUUUAACAGUGUAAAUUGACAUUCCACACUCGGCUAGGGCCGUUGGGCAUCUAUAUUACAUUUUGUCUGAGAAAUGUGUGCUAUUCUUCUGUUGAGGAGAUAGAUCAUUGAGAAAGUAUUCUAGUCAA